AUGAAGGUUAAGAUUCUAGAAUGGAAGUCAUUCGCCACCUGGCAUUGGGAUUUGGCUACAUCGGCCGAUGAUUCAGGAUACGUUGAAGAAUUAUGCGGGAUUUGUCGUGUAUCGUUUGAUGGAACUUGUCCUAAUUGUAAAUACCCCGGUGAUGAUUGUCCCAUUGUCCUUGGAUCAGGGUGCACCCAUAAUUUCCACUUGCAUUGUAUAUUAAAAUGGCUAGAACAAGAGAGCUCUAAAGGAUUAUGUCCUAUGUGUCGUCAAAUCUUCACUUUCAAAGAACCAGAACAAACCAGUGACGUGUUGAUCAAUUUAAAGACGUUGAUUGAUGGGCAUAGAGUUAUGAGAGAAAGAUUUCAACAGGGCAAUGAGCAAGAGUUUGAAGCGUUUGGUGCUGACCAGGAUUUACAAAUGGCAUAA